GCGAAGGAGAAUAGAAAUGGAGUCGGCAGACAAGCAGCAGGCGCUGGAGGAGACGAAGAGCUACACCACCCAGUCCCUGGCCAGCGUCGCCUACCUCAUCAACACGCUGGCCAACAACGUGCUGCAGAUGCUCGACAUCCAGGCCUCGCAGCUCCGCCGCAUGGAGAGCUCCGUCAACCACAUCUCACAGACCGUUGACAUUCACAAAGAGAAGGUGGCGAGGCGGGAGAUCGGCAUCUUGACCACCAAUAAGAACACGACCCGCUCACAUAAAAUUGUUGCUCCGCCCAAUCCGGAGAGACCGGUGCGCUACAUCAGGAAGCCCAUCGACUACAAUGUGCUGGAUGACAUUGGACAUGGAGUCAAGGUGAACGGCCAGCAGAACAUGAAACUAGGAGGGGGUCUGUCCCGGUCCAACCCCCCCACCCAGAAACCGCCCAGCCCUCCAAGAGCAGGCAAAGGCAUCUUCGGGUACGUACCCAGCCCAACACACACACACACUCCCUCUCUCUGACAUCCACCCGCCCGG